AAUGUUUAUGCUGCUGAUUGCUGAAGAGGUUCCAGCCACUUCUGAGAGUGUUCCUCUUAUUGGAAUCUACUUGACAACAGUAAUGACUAUGACAAGCGUAUCUGUAAUUAUGGCUGUUCUUGUAAUAAAUUUAUACAAUAGGGGUGCCAAGGCUAAGAGAGCGCCUAAGUGGCUGAAAGUCAUAGUUUUAAAUUGGAUCUGCAGAUUUCUGAGAAUGACUCAUGACAUCGAGCGUAUUGCUCAAAGUAUACGAUUGAAAGAGGAGGAAGAAGAAAAAUAUAGGUGCCAAAAACAUACCGGAAAGACCAAUUCGAAUCGUCGCCCCUCAGCUGCCAGACUCGACACCACCCUAUCCGGUAAUCUGGAAAAUCUCGGCUUUGAAUCUGACGCAACACCGACAGAUCCCAAUAAGGAUAAACUAUCAAGACGAUUUAGUACAAUUAGCAAUCAAGAUAUGAGACCCGAAGAGGAACAGGUAUGGCUUAAAAGGGAAGAUUUGCAACGGGAAGAAUCUAAAAGUCUCAUGCCUCCUCCGCUCAGUGGCCCAAGUUCUCAAAGAAAGAAGAGUACUGGUUUAGCUGGUUUAGGCUUACCUGGAUUAGGUAUGACUAAAAGCCCCCCACAAGCUAAGGGAACCGAUACAAUUGCUAAACUAGUUGUUGCCAUAUGUAGAAAAGAGCAAGCAUUAGUCAGUAGAAAAGAGAUGAUAGUCGAAUGGCAAACUAUUGCCACAGUUAUAGAUCGUCUACUUUUCUGGAUCUUUCUCAUGGCUACCGUUUUAUCAUAUGUAAUUGUACUCUUAGUUAUACCAUAUGUCUCAAAAGGUUAUACAAAAGCCUUUAAAGAUAAAGGACCUUCUUACGUUCUCAUGGAAUAA